AUGGCGGGAAAUGAUCGUGGAGGCGCUCCGACGCCGAGCGUGUCAUCAGACUCGAUCGACCAUUUGAGACGUGUUGCAGAAAACCACCUCAAAGAGAUCGAUGAAGAAAGACAGCAAGAACAAAAAGAGGAAAUGAAGAGAACACAAGAUCUAGAGCACUAUGCGAAGCACAGGAAGCGAGGAAAGGAAGACAGGCCGAUUAUGCCGAGCGAGGUUCCAGUGCCAAAGAUGAGAUCAGCCCAAGGUAUGGCACAUAUGCUCUCCGCAAAAUGCCUUCCUCAUGCGUGUGAUAUAGAUGUCUUGAAUCGACUUCAGUGGGAUGCUAGUCUCGACAUGUCACAAUAUCUUAUUGGAUAUCUCGAAAGAUUCGCCGGUAUCAAAGAAAUACCAGCAAGUCAAUGGAUCUCCGAGACCACCGAGGAGGAAUGGAUCCCUCAGCAUCGCAUCAAAUACUUCAAACGGCUCUGUCGGAACGGAGGUGAUGAGAUUGUCUGGCAUCGCGAGAAACGGAUCGACAAGAUCUUUGGCAGCGGCUUGGGACCGACGAAUGCGGACGAGGGUGGUAAGAUGGAUGUUCGUUCUGAAGAUGGCGGCGUAAACUUGCUGCCAUGA